AUGAGUUCUGGGGAAAGUGAUUCAGAAUAUUAAGAGUUUGUUACAAACUUUUAUGAUUUAGUUCAAGAUAUAAAUGAAUGUAAUGAUAAUCAAUAACAAUUUAGAUUAUGCUACUAAAUCCAAAGAAAAUAGAACUGCUAAAUUUCUAAAAUAAGCAAAAGCGCGAAGAAGUAUAAUAUUUUACUAUAUAAUAUAGAAGUAAAUCAAAUUACUUUUCGAAUGCCAGAAAAUCCAGAUCAAAAUGUUUCUGAAAUCAUUUCUUACAAUAAAAAUUAAGCAGAGAAAUUAGUAAAACCUAUGAGACAUCAAACAAAAAAUUUAGAAAAUUCCCAAGUAGAACCUUACAUUUUUAAUGUUCAUUUAAUACUUAGGUAAUUAUGAUUUUCUUAUCUAAGGGAUCUCAAAUUGAAAUAGCAAAUACUCAGAAAUGCUUAGAAAUAAGUAUAUUUGAAUUUGAUUGAAUAUCACAAAUAAAAGACAAAGAAAUCAAAACCUAGAAAUUGUUGCUUACAUAUGUAAACAACCUUAUUUAAUUUUUUAUAAUUAGAUAUUUAGCUGAGAAAAUAUAUUAAGAGAAAAUGAAAGAAGCAGCAACAUGUAAGAAAUUCCAAGAAGGCCCUAAAAUAGUUAUUCCUCUACUAAAGAAUCAAGCAUAAACUAGAAAAGGAAGUAUGGAAUGA